UUUCUCUCCCCAACCGCCAACAAUUCAUUCUUCCAGUUCGCACUUGUUUAUGUCUUGAUAUCAUAACUUCCACAUUUUUUUAAGCAAUACAAUGGAGAAGGAACUGGAGCUUGAUUUCGCACCAAAACCUCUUCUACCAUGGCGGCUCUGGGUUUGACUUGAAAAGGUUGUACGACUCAGUUUUACUUCUCAAUUAGAUUAACAAAUGGACAAUUUUCUAUCAUGGGUUAUGUAUAAAAUUACCAAUUUAAUUUAAUUUUGCUUUUUUUAUUUUUUUACUUUGUCCACAAGCUCUGUUCAUGGAGAAACAGAGGAAGAGAGUUUCUGGACAAGGCUUUAUCUUAUUUAUGAAAAGCUGUUGCUUUAAAGGCUCUGAAGAGUAACUGGAGGAACACACCAUCCAAUUGGGCGGGCUUUGAUCCUUGUGGCGGUUGGGUAGGAAUUGAGUGCACCAAUUCACGUGUGACUGCCAUAAUAUUGACAAGCAUGAAUUUGACGGGUCAGCUAUUGGGACGUAUUGGGUCGUUAUCUGAGUUACAGACUCUGGAUCUAUCUUCCAACAAGCUCAUGACAGGACCACUACCACAAGAAAUUGGGAAUUUGAAGAACCUAUCAUUCUUAUGCCUGACUGGUUGCAGUUUCACUGGACCUAUUCCAAACUCAAUCGGAUCUCUGCAGCAGCUACUCUAUCUAGCCCUGAAUUCUAAUAGAUUCUAUGGGCAAAUUCCAAGUUCAAUUGGUAAUCUGUCCAAUCUAGAUUAUUUGGACCUUACUGACAACCAACUUAGUGGAUCCAUCCCAGUCUCUAGUGGGAAGAUUCCCGGUCUUGAUAUGCUACUUCAAACGAGGCACUUUCAUCUUGGAAUGAACCAGCUGUCGGGCACAAUUCCACCUCAACUUUUCAGCUCAAAUAUGAAUCUCAUACAUGUGCUUUUUGAUAAUAAUAAUUUAUCUGGUAUCAUCCCAUCCACCCUUGGACUUGUGCAGACCUUGAAGGUGGUACGCUUGAAUAGAAAUUCACUAAGUGGGACUGUGCCUUCAAAUAUCAGUAAUCUUGCAAAUCUUCGUGAGCUGUCCUUGUCCAACAACAACCUGAUUGGCCCUAUGCCCAACCUUACUGGCUUGAACCUCCUUAUCUAUUUGGCCUUGUCAAACAACAGCCUGACUGGCCCCAUGCCCAACCUUACGGGCAUGAACCUGCUGAACUAUGUGGAUAUGGGCAAUAACAGUUUUGAUAUUUCUGAGGUUCCUCCUUGGCUUUCGUCCUUACAGUCUUUGAAAACAUUAAUGAUGGAACGCACAAAACUUGAAGGACCAAUUCCUGCUAAUCUGUUCAGCCUUCCCAAUUUAGAGAUAGUGGGACUGAGCAACAACCAUCUCAAUGGCACCCUGAAUAUUGGUACAACAUAUAGCAACCUAUUGCAAAGCAUCGAUUUGCAGAACAAUUCCAUCACUAACUUUGAUCCAAUAAAUGGAGGAAACAACAUCACCAUAUUACUUAAGGGUAACCCAGUUUGUGAGAAGACAGAUCAAGUGACACAGAUUUACUGCAAUGUUUCCACAUCAAGUUUGUCAAAUUCGACGCCACAAAAUAACUGCUCGCAACUUUCCUGCAAUUUGGAUCAGGUUGCCAGGCCCAAUUGCAAAUGUGCCUAUCCAUACAAGGGCACUCUAUCCUUCAGAGCUCUGUUCUCCUUUGACCUGGGAAACUUAAGUUACUAUGCUGCUCUAGAGGAGCGGCUCAUGCAUACCUUUAAGUCCUAUGAACUUCCUGUGGAUUCAGUUUCUCUCAGUAAUCCCACCAUAGACUCAUCGGGUUACCUUGGAUUGAGCCUGAACGUUUUCCCAUCAGGUGUUGACCGUUUCAAUCAAACGGGAAUUACUAUGAUUGGAUAUGCGCUUAACAAGAUGAGUUUCAACCCACCAGAUCUGUUUGGACCCUAUUUUCUUAUUGCUUAUGCAUAUUAUACAGAAUCAAAUAAAGGGGGAAGCAGUCGCAUUAUAAUUGGAGCAGCAGUUGGUUGUUCUCUCCUUUUGUUAUUACUAGUAGUUGCAGGAGUAUAUGCUUUCCGCCAAAAGAAAAGAGCAGAAAGAGCUAUUGAACAGAAUAAUCCCUUUGCAAAUUGGGAUCAGAAUAUGGGAAGUGGUGGCGUUCCCCAAUUAAAAGGAGCCAGGCGGUUCUCGUUUGAAGAGCUUAAGAAAUACACCAACAAUUUUUCAGAAGCGAAUAGUAUUGGAUCUGGGGGUUAUGGGAAGGUCUAUCGGGGGACUCUUUCCACUGGGAAACUGAUUGCCAUCAAGCGAGCUCAAAGAGAUUCUAUGCAGGGUGGCCAUGAAUUCAAAACUGAGAUUGAACUUCUAUCAAGGGUCCAUCACAAGAAUCUUGUCACCCUUGAGGGUUUCUGUUUUGAGCAAGCUGAACAAAUGCUGGUAUAUGAGUAUAUUCCAAAUGGUACUGUGAUGGAUAGUCUUUCAGGGAAGUCAGGAAUCAGGUUAAAUUGGAUGAGGAGACUUAGAGUGGCCCUUGGUGCAGCCAGGGGUCUGGUCUAUCUUCACGAACAUGCGAAUCCUCCCAUCAUACAUAGGGACAUCAAAUCAAAUAACAUCCUUUUAGAUGAAAGUUUAAAUGCAAAAGUUGUCGAUUUUGGAAUCUCCAAGCCUAUGUUGGACAGCCAAAGGACUCAUGUCUCCACUCAAGUCAAAGGAACAUUGGGAUACAUGGAUCCUGAAUAUUACAUGACCCAACAACUAAAUGAGAAGAGUGAUGUCUAUAGCUUUGGAGUGUUACUGUUGGAGCUAAUAACUGCAAAAAGGCCAAUAGAGCGAGGGAAGUAUAUCGUAACAGUGGUAAGGAAUGCAAUGGAUAAGACAAAAGAAUUAUACAAUCUUCAUGAAAUUCUUGACCCAGCCAUUGGUUUGGGAACAAUGCCGAAAGGUUUAGAAAAGUUUGUGGACCUGGCAAUGAGGUGUGUUGAAGAAUCAGGAGCCAAACGUCCUACAAUGGGUGAGGUGGUAAAAGAAAUUGAGAUCAUUAUUCAGCUUUCUGGGUUGAACCCCAAUGUUGAAUCUGCAUCCACUUCGGCAACUUAUGAGGAAGCCGGUAACAGUCGUUCCCUCCACCCUUACAGCGAUGAUAACUUUUAUUAUAGUGGGCCCUUCCCUUCUUCAAUAAUGCAUCCUAAGUGAAUAUCAUUUCACAAUUUGGAAUGCUCAACUUGGCAGCAAAAAGUAGUUCUCUGUAUACACUGAUUUAGGGUAUAGCAUGCAAUUUGAUGAAUGUGUUUAUAGUAUCUUACAUGUCCUUGUCAUUUUGGUUUUAAUCUUUUUAAAAACUACACUUACCCCCUUGAACUACUACUCUAUUUGUAAUUUCUCUCAAACUUCAGAAAGUUGCAUUAUAAGAAUCCAUUUUACUAGGCUACCA